UGUUCAGGUAUAAAUGUAGGGGCUUGACACAGGUAGAGCAUCAGUUCACCAACCGAUCUCUGAGAGACCUGAAAAACCAACACAGCCAUCAUGAUGGGCAAGAUCACUUUCUACGAGGAGAAGAACUUCCAGGGUCGCUCCUAUGAGUGCAUGAGCGACUGCUCCGACAUGUCCUCCUACAUGAGCAGGUGCCAGUCCUGCAGGGUGGAGAGCGGCUGCUUCAUGCUCUAUGAGAGGAACAACUACAUGGGCCAGCAGUUCUUCAUGAGGAGGGGAGAGUACAACGACAUGCACCGCAUGCAGAGCAUGGGAAUGAUGUUUGACAACAUCAGGUCCUGCAGAAUGAUCCCCUUUCACAGAGGCCAGUUCAGGAUGAAGAUUUACGAGAGGGAGAACUUCGGUGGUCAGUCCAAUGAGAUGAUGGACGACUGUGACAACAUCCAGGAUCGUUACCGCAUGUCUGACUGCCAGUCCUGCCACGUGAUGGACGGACACUGGCUGAUGUACGAGCAGCCCCAGUACAGAGGCAGGAUGAUGUACAUGAGGCCCGGAGAGUACAGGAGCUUCAGGGAUAUGAUGAGCGGCCAGAGGUUCAUGAGCAUGAGGCGCAUCACUGACAUGUGUUACAUAUUCAACCAACUUGGGUGUGAGCUGAAGGGGGACCCACGAAAGCCGCUUCAAACCAGUUUCCCACAUCCGGUGUCAGGGGAGAAAGUAUUUGUAAUGAUGGAUGCUUGCCACAUGCUCAAGUUGGCACCCAUCAUGAUGGGCAAGAUCACUUUCUACGAGGAGAAGAACUUCCAGGGUCGCUCCUAUGAGUGCAUGAGCGACUGCUCCGACAUGUCCUCCUACAUGAGCAGGUGCCAGUCCUGCAGGGUGGAGAGCGGCUGCUUCAUGCUCUAUGAGAAAAACAACUACAUGGGCCAGCAGUUCUUCAUGAGGAGGGGAGAGUACAACGACAUGCACCGCAUGCAGAGCAUGGGAAUGAUGUUUGACAACAUCAGGUCCUGCAGAAUGAUCCCCUUUCACAGAGACCAGUUCAGGAUGAAGAUCUACGAGAGGGAGAACUUCGGUGGUCAGUUCAAUGAGAUGAUGGACGACUGUGACAACAUCCAGGAUCGUUACCGCAUGUCCGACUGCCAGUCCUGCCACGUGAUGGACGGCCACUGGCUGAUGUACGAGCAGCCCCACUACAAGGGAAGGAUGAUGUACAUGAGGCCCGGAGAGUACAGGAGCUUCAGGGAUAUGAUGAGCUGCCAGAGGUUCAUGAGCAUGAGGCGUAUCACUGACAUGUGUUAAGUUUUCUCAUCAAUAAAACAUGAUCCGACUGAAA